GCAUUCCUUAGAAACCAUCAACCUGUGCGAACUAACAUUAAUAAUGUGAAGUUGAUCACUGCAUACUAAACCAGAUGAAACCAAGAAGACACCGUCUAAUGAUCUGGCGAUUUUUAAUAAUUCUCAGUCUCAGAACUGUUAUAUUCAAAAUAUGAGUGGACUAACUCAGAAGGCAGUCGAUUUGCCAGAGCUCGUCAAUCUUUCUGUAGAAGAGACAAGUGGAAAGGGUACAUGUACCCUAAGAUACUUUUAUCCUGCACAAGAAAGUGAUAGUAUUGACUGGAGUAUUAAAGAUAACUCCAUGAUUUUCAAGGUAUUUAGGGCAGGUUCUGACAGAGUUGCCUACUUGAAACAGUCAAAAUUAAUUCCUGAAGACUUGCAGAAGCAGUUAGAGGUACAGAAAAGGAAACUGAAGUAUAAUGCGAAGAUUCCACACUACAAGGUGGUACUCAAGAAAAAAGCUGACUUUACCCUUGAUGUCUACUUCCAGCCUGACAGUCCACCAGUCUAGUGAAGAUUUGUUAGUGUUUUGAAUAGGAACUUGGCAAUUACUUUGUCACAGUAUAGACGUAAGGAGAUUUGUAACUAUAAGCUGUACAUUAUUGUUUGCCGUGCCAUGAUAGACUGUAGCAUUUUGAAUGCUGUAUUGAGACCUGAGUGAAAAUAUUUGCAACAAACAUAGUGAUAUAGAAAAAACUUUAUUGUUACUAACACAGACUUAGUCAUUUUGAGUGAUGGAUUUUGGUAGAUUGGCCUGUAGAAUUGGAUGUUGAACGAUGUGUUCAUUGGCUUAUGUGAAUUUUGGCCCUGUAACAAAGAUGACAGGCCAGUGUUAGACAUACUGCUAUUGAAGCCAUUGCCUUCAAACCAAUCUUGGAAUGAGCAUAAGUACCUUAUUCAUUUGGCCAAAUUCUCCCACAUUUACUUGGAGAACUGAAUACAAGAGCAAUGGUGUAUUGUAAAGAGAGAAAAUGCUGAAGUAGAGGGGAAAUGAUUGUCCUUGAUAAGACACUGAAAAGAGAGCUUGACAAAAUGUGAAUAAGAGUGUAAAUGGGACUGCACUCAUCUUUGAGCUUACCAUUAAAUGAGGACUACAUUCCCUUACAACUGUCCUCUGAGUCAUUUGACUCACAUGUUUACCAUCCUAAAUCAGUACCAAGCUUAUAUCAUGCAGCUAAAUCUAGGACUACCAUGGGCAAAGACAAUGGAAGAUACCCUGCACGGCUACAGAUUUAGACACGUGUGGGAACAAGGUGGGGUAGGAGAUGCCAGGGCUUUUAUCUUACUACUCAAACAAAGAUUGAAAUACAACUUUGCACAAAAAUGGUCAGACAAAAUGCAGACAAGUGAUAGGUACUCAACCUACAGACAGUUUAAAAAGGAAUUUGAACCAGAAAGAUAUCUUUCAGUAUUAACCAUAAAAAAAGUUCAGAAAUACUCUAAUACGAUUUAGACUAGACUUUAG